CUUUAGGGAAUUGUUGACUGGGCUUUGGGGUUGAACUUUUUUUUUAAGGAAAGAAAAAACCCUGGGAUCCAUCUGUAUUUUUUUUAAUUUUUAUUUCGGGGAUUUUUGGUGGUGGUGGUGGUUCUUAAUUUUUAAUUUAGUUUGGGGAAGUAGAUGUUUUGAUAAAUAUGUUGAUUUUUUUUUUUUCAUUUCUUGCUUUCCCACAUUAGGGGUGAUAGCCAAAGGGGUCAUGAUAAGAGAAAGGGGAACAAAUAGAACUGGUGAAGAGGCCUGCCUGCCUCCACUCCUGUUCAUCAGGAAGUACAUUUAGCAGAGCACCAAGCCUGCCCCCCUGAAAUCACUUAGGUGUCCUCCUUUGCUUCCAAGGUCACUGAGGUGUUCUUUGCUCGUGCAGGCAGCUUUCUGCUGCGUUUGGUGUGGAAGCAGUCAGGGCUUGCUCUGCCAGCCUGUUCCCCACCACCCUUGGGCAGGGCCAGACUCGGUAAUUUUGAGCAAAUGUCACCUUCCCCUGUGAGUGACACAUCUAAAAUCUUUCUUCUAAACCACUAUUUGCAGAUUGGAGGGGGAAGAAUGGGGAGGGGGGUUAUUGCCAAAUAUGUUAAAUAUGGGUUGGGGUGUUUGUGUAUGUAUCUCCCUCAGUUCCCCCAGAAACGAGGUAUCUUUUUUUUUUUUUGUUCUCAGUCCAAAAUCGAGAGGGUGGGGAGAGAGAGGAGGGAGGCUGCAAAAAGCCAGGUAUGAGGGAAGGUAAAAUCACCACUGUCCCACCCUCGGCCCUGAACCCUACUAUCUGAACCCCUCAAAUAUCCUCAGGAUUUCACAAGACUGUCAGUAGGGAACCCCUCCCGUCAAAGAUCCAGGCAGGACUGGGGGGGGCAGGUUGGGAGUGUGAUGGGUGGGGGCGGGAGGCAUGGGCCGGGGGCAGUUCUCUCCUCACUUGUAAACUUGUAGUUUCACAGAAAAAAACAAAAAACAAAAAACGCAGUUUUAAAUAAAGAAAUUUCUUUUUUCCCUGGGUUUAGUUGAGAAUUCUUUUCAAAAACAUGAGAACUUUUUUUCUCUCAUAAAGCCCCAAACGGGUUCCCCCCACCCACCGCCGAGUUCCCCGGCCUUGCCCUCACCACCCAGGCCCCAGGUUUCACCCCUGCCUCCUCUCCAUGGGAAACAGCCAGACCUGAACCCUGUUGCCUGGCAACCUCGCUUAGUCGUCCAGUAGCCCUGGGUGGUCUGGUGCCAUAGGUUGGGGGUCCUGAGGGGAUGAGAGACCCUAGGAGAUGCACUCCCCACCCCCAUGGAUGUGGCUGUACCCAGAGGCUGGCAGUGCCCAGGGGUGGGGUGACAGCUGUUGCUCCCAGUACCUGAAGGACUCUUGUCCGAGAGAGGCAUGAAUUCCUAGCAUUCCCUGUGACGGGACAAGACGGGGGAGAUGGGGGCAGGGGAGAGGGUACAAGCCCCACCUAGGGUGGUGGCCACAGCAGCAAGGGGCAGACAGAGCCAGGAGCCUGGGAAGGAAGCAGGAUGGCAGCAGGGGCAGCAGCUGGAGCCUGGGUGCUGGUCCUCAGUCUGUGGGGUGAGCCCUGCCCCCCCCACACCAAUCCUCCCCGCAGAAAGCACUCUGCCCUGUCCCCGAAACUCCCCCCAACUUUCCAGGAGCCUGGGUACUCCUUUUCAACCCUCAUCCGCCCUGCUCUAGGUUUCUUAGCUCCCAUCUCCCUUCCUGCCCCUCCAUUGUGCUGUCCCCCAGGGGCAGCAGUAGGGGAUCAAAACAUCACAGCCAGGAUCGGGAAGCCACUGGUGCUGAACUGUAAGGGGGCCCCCAAGAAACCACCCCAGCAGCUGGAAUGGAAACUGAACACAGGCCGGACAGAAGCUUGGAAGGUCCUAUCUCCCGAGGGAGGCCCCUGGGAUAGCGUGGCUCGUGUCCUCCCCAACGGCUCCCUCCUCCUGCCGGCUGUUGGGAUCCAGGAUGAGGGGACUUUCCGGUGCCGGGCAAUGAGCCGUAAUGGAAAGGAGACCAAGUCCAACUACCGAGUCCGAGUCUAUCAGAUUCCUGGGAAGCCAGAAAUUGUUGAUCCUGCCUCUGAACUCAUGGCUGGUGUCCCCGAUAAGGUGGGAACAUGUGUGUCCAAGGGGGGCUACCCUGCAGGGACUCUUAGCUGGCACUUGGAUGGGAAAACCCUGAUACCUGAUGGCAAAGGAGUGUCUGUGAAGGAAGAGACCAAGAGACACCCUGAGACAGGGCUUUUCACACUCCGUUCGGAGCUGAUGGUGACCCCAGCCCGGGGAGGAGCUCCCCACCCCACCUUCUCCUGUAGCUUCAGCCCUGGUCUUCCCCGGCGCCGAGCCCUGCACACGGCCCCCAUCCAGCUCAGGGUCUGGGAGCCCGUGCCACUGGAGGAAGUCCUGCUGGUGGUGGAGCCAGAAGGUGGAGCAGUAGCUCCUGGUGGUACCGUGACCUUGACCUGUGAAGCCCCUGCCCAGCCCCCUCCUCAAAUCCACUGGAUCAAGGAUGGCAUGCCCCUGCCCCUUCCCCCCAGCUCCGUGCUGCUCCUCCCUGACGUAGGGCCUGAGGACCAGGGAACCUACAGUUGUGUGGCCACCCAUCCCAGCCAUGGGCCCCAGGAGAGCCAUGCUGUCAGCGUCAGCAUCAUCGAAACAGGCGAGGAGGGGCCAACUGCAGGCUCUGUGGAAGGGCCAGAGCUGGGAACUCUAGCCCUGGUCCUGGGGAUCCUGGGAGGCCUGGGGACAGCCGUCCUGCUCAUUGGGGUCAUCAUGUGGCAAAGGCGGCAACGCAGAGGAGAGGAGAGGAAGGCCUCAGAAAACCAGGAGGAGGAAGAGGAGGAGCGCACAGAGCUGAAUCAGCCCGAAGGGCCCGAGGCGGCAGAAAGCAGUGCUGGACGGCCUUGAGAAGCCCACAGCCGGACCCCAUCCGUCAGCUCCCUUUUUUUCCCCCACCCUCUUUUCUGGCCCCAGACCAGUUCUCCACUGUAUAAUCUCUACCCCACCUCCCCAAACUUUCUUCCACAA